AUCACACAACACUGCAUGAUUCUUCGGUAAAAUAAGACUAUACACAGUUUAGCAGUACAGUAUUUAUUAUAUAUAUAUAUAUAUCUUAGGUGAGAGAAUAUUAAAAGCAGCAACAUAAAUUGUGUCGACUUGUCAAAUGGGUCAAUCGCAGUGUCGUGAAAAAGAACUGGACGGAUGUAGCUGUCCAAAGUGAGCCAUCGAGAUUUGAGCAAUUGUCAGACCAUAAAAAGUGUUACUUGAGAGGUCAUCUGUGGCGUCUUUUGACUUGGCCUGCUUGUGAUCCAGCCAACAUCAUGUAUCCAUGUUCAUGUGACACUUUUGUGGCUCUUCCCCCAUCCACCGAAGGACACCGGAUCAUUUUUGGAAAGAACUCCGACCGGCCUUGUGAUGAAGUCCAAGAGGUGGUUCAUUUCCCUGCUGCAGACUAUGAGCCGGGGUCGAAGGUCGAGUGUACUUACAUCGAGAUAGAUCAAGUUGCUCACACUUAUGCAGUAGUUUUGAGCAGACCGGCAUGGCUAUGGGGUGCAGAAAUGGGUGCAAACGAGCACCAAGUUUGUAUUGGAAAUGAGGCUGUGUGGGGAAGAGAGAGUGCCGAUGGUGAGGAGGCUCUUCUCGGCAUGGAUCUUGUCAGGCUUGCACUUGAGAGGGCAGACACUGCUGAGAAAUGUGUAAGCAUCAUAGCCGAGCUCUUGCAGAAACACGGCCAAGGAGGAGCUUGCUUAGAAGAACAAUGCGACUUUACAUACCACAACAGCUUCUUGAUCUCUGACCGGAAGGAGGCUUGGGUGAUGGAGACCGCCGGGAAGUAUUGGGCUGCAGAAAAAGUGGAAGGUGGAUUUCGCAAUAUCUCAAACGAGUACAGCAUCACAACUAAGGUUGACAAAGAACACCCUGACCUGCACAAAUAUGCUCAAAGUAAAGGCUGGUGGGAUGGAAGGGCUCAGUUUAACUUUGCUGCAGUCUACUCCUACAUGAACACCGCCAGAAUUGAAGCAUCUGGGAGUAGAUACUGUGAAGGCAAGAUGAUGUUGCGAAAGCACGAUGGGCACAUCACUGCUCAGACGAUGAUGGACAUCCUAAGGGAUAAAGACAGUGGCAUCAAUAUGGAGGGCAUGUUCAUGACAACGGGCAGUAUGGUUUCAGUGGUACCCGUGGAUCCAGCUCUGCCCGGGGUUCACUAUUUUACCGCUACGCCAUAUCCUGAAAGGUCAGUGUUCAAACCCUUUGUCUUUUUGGAAACCAUGAUAGUGGAACUGAAGGACACCACUUCUCCAAGUUACGGCCGAGAUGACCCAGUAAAAAAGAAGCCUCGCUUCCAGACCAAGCCUGACAGAAAGCACUGCCUGUUCACCAAACACGAGGUGGUGGCUGCUAUUAUUGAGAUGAACAAGGAGCGAGGAGAGCAGAUCAUUCUCUCCAUGAGGAAGUUAGAAAACGAGAGAAUGAGACAGAUGGAGGAGAUUCUUGGUCAUGGAGUCAAGCAGCCUGAUACUUUGCUUGAUCUGUUCUCCGGCUCUGUUCAAGAUGAGUUGCAGUUGUACAGCAAAGUCAAGUAAUCAUUCAACAUGAAGAAGAGGUUUUUCAUGUAGCAACAGUGGAAAGCGCCUCACUGGAUCAUCAACGGCUAACAAAACAUUGAAUAAAUACAUUGGAAACAGGAUACAAAAUAUGAAGUCUUU